CAUGGACGAAUCGCAACCAUGCAAAGUCAAUUAACUGCAGCUUGUUGGUAGCGUUGGUAUCCACGACGGGACUCUUCGUAGCAGCUUUCCGAGUGAGAGCUAUACUCCAUGCCGGGUAACGAACUGACCACCUGCAUAUCCAGGAUCCAGAGUCAUAACGUUUGCUCAUGUCAACUUCGCAGCAAUCAGUUCAGACGACUGGAUCUGUCUGGUUCUGGCCACCUCAACUUGACCAAAAACUGUCGAUACUGAGGUUGCAGAUGAGAAGCCAUUGUGCGAGCUGCAGAAACCCCGAAAACUCAUAAUAAUACCGAAAAAAUCCCACUAUGCGCAUGAGCGCGUCUGAGUUGCCACAAGUUGCCCGGCAGUCAUGGGUGUACAAGGUCUCUACACGGCUUUGAAGCCGUUUGGCGUCGUCACUCCGCUCAGCGGCGAGACCGUCGUCAUUGAUGGACCCGGUUUGGUGCAUCGGAUGUGGGAGACCUCGAACAAGACGCAGACAAAUAAGAUGAGUAGUGCCAUCACAUGCCACAUACCAUACGCUUCUCUCGGCCAGACCGUUAUCCACUGGCUUGACACUCUGCGUGCCAACAACGUAAACGUGAGGAAAAUAUACUUUGACGGCUACCUUCCGCCCAGGAAGUGGGAUACCAGGCGCCAGCGGCUGAUACAGUCAAGUCGACAAAUGAAAAACGCGUCCUUCAAUACACAUGUCGUCCACAGACCUGCCCAAAAUCCUAUCGUCACCACGGCAAGCGAUGGUUCACAACAACCUGCACCUGGCGUGCGGUCCUUGCCUAAGCAUCCAUUUCUAGUUCCAGCUGUGAUCGAGCAACUUAGGCAAUCGCCAGACUGGAGGUCCAAGGUACAGGUCGUACCAGGAGAAGCCGAUGCCUACUGCGCACAGGAUGUUAAGAAGAGCGGCGGCAUUGUCAUGACGAGCGACUCGGAUCUGUAUAUCGAAGAUCUAGGGCCGACUGGCGCUGUCGUAUUCUUUUCCGGCAUCUAUGAGAGGCACUCGGAUCUGGAGGCAAUGACAGGGGAGAAGUUCUCGCGAACGGCAUUCGAGGAGAAGAAUGAGCUCACACAGUGUGGAGGUUUGCCUAUGGUGGCAUACGAGCUGUCGGUCAACAAACUUAGUAUGAAGGAGGCAAUCCAGCAUGCGAAAAUGGGGUACGCGCAAACCUUGGGCCGAGAGAGUUAUCAAUGGUUCCUCGAGGAGCACAUGUCGGAAGAAUAUAUCGCGGCUGAUCAUCCCGUCCUUGCGACGCUUUCCAAUCUAGAUCCUAGGAUUUCAGAGUUUGUCAUCCAAUCUCUGAACAUCGAGGUAGUCCAGUCAGAGCCUGUCAAGACUUCACAAAGGGGGACACCCCGCGGGCCAGAGGAGCUGUCAAUGUUUCUGCCCAUCAUGAUCGAACAACACACCAGGAAGAGCUCGUGGUCCAUGAGUGAGUCGGUAAGACAACUCGCAUAUGGACUUAUCCAAUCAUCUGAGCCCGGGCGACGCGAGCAGAUGAUCGAAUACCGAACCAUGGACACUUUGACCGGCGGGCGGAAACUGACCAUUCCUCCGCCAUACAAGGUCGCCACGCUAUGUGACACAUUGCUAGCAACCCUCGAGGCACUCUCUCGCGAUAUCGAAACUCCAGGCUUUCGAUGGAUCGCUUUUGCGGUCCACCAGGAUAUGGAGUGGUCAAUAUGGGAAGAAAAGACUCCAAUUUCUUCUACUCUGAUCCAGAACGCUGUCCGCUAUGCCGAGGGGCCGGAGCCAGAUACGGUGUCUUGGGCCGUCGUCCACUUUGUUGCGCAGGCUCAAGCCUCUUUGUAUUCUUUGCGAAUGCUGAAGCAGAUCCUGGCUGUCGUAGCGACGCUGUCCCCCGAAAAACUGACAGGUCCAAUGCAAGAACUACGCGAGCAUCUAUCCACACUGCCCAACAUCGCUGAAUACCCCACCGUGGCGUCAGUGGAACAGACGCUGGCGCAGUUCGGCGAGGCGGGCGGGCUGUUCGUCGUCUCAGCUUUGCUGGGAAUCCCCAUGCAGGUACUUCCUAAACCCCCGGUGACCCAGACAAUGGGAUCCCGGGCACAGAAGGCUACCGCAAAGGCAUCCAACAAGCGUAGCUUGCAAGACAGCAAAGGUCAAAAUGAGGCCCUGAAGCAGAAAAAGGCACGAGAAUCCCCAGCGCAGGCCAAGCGCAGCCUAGAGGUCAGCGAAACUCGAGAUGAGGAGAUUGAGAAAAAGAAGAAACCGCGACGACCGCUGAGCUUGAAUCCCUAUGCUCUAUUGAGUGAGGCGGCUCUGGAGGAGUGAGGCUUGAGGUCUUUUGGUAGAUACGUAUGGUAUCAAGAGGCAAGCCGGAGAAACCAAAAAAUCACUUAGCAAAGUUCAGCUCGUUAUAACUACGCCAAAUUUCCAGUGGCAAAAGCCCAAGCGCUCGUGUAAUUUGAGGCCAAGAUGUAAUCAUGUGUGUAGAGCUGUGGUACUCCUCCUCGGCCAGGUAGGGGCCGGGUUGCUCUUUAAUCUCUGAGCUGGAGGCAGAAUGGGCGACCUGACUGUGUCAGAUUACAACUUUAUUGGGGUGUUUUCUUUUUUGACUACCAGAUCAACGGGGUGCUGCCAUCAUAUUUACCUCUUUCAAAUAUCAAAUGGCGCGG